AUGCACGCAGUCCCCACAAUGACUCCUCCGUCUCAGCACAGUGCGGCCAAAUUCCAGGCCCAUAUAAAGGGUAUUAAACAUAUCACCAACCAUGAGAAAGACCCCGAGGAGAUCAAAAUCGAAAACUUUAUCGGAUUCGCGCGCGUGCCCCUCGGUCUUGCCGGGCCUCUACACAUUCGCGCACCGGACGGGGUUGAAAAAGAUGUUUGCGCUCCGAUGGCAACCACCGAGGCAGCGAUGAUCGCUAGUUGCUGUCGAGGAAGCAAGGCGUUCAAUAUGGGUGGUGGUACUGAAUUCCAUGUCUUGAGUCAGGGCAUGUCGCGCUCACCGGCCUUCCGAUUCGAUAGUCCACGCGAGGCAUGUUUAUUCGCACGUCGCAUCCACGAUUAUGAGAGUGAGAUAGCCACGGUGGCAGAGUCGACGAGUCGCUAUGUCCGAUUUCGAGGCAUCGUUCCCCAUGUGAUCGGAUCGUGGGCGCACGUCGUCUUCCGGUAUGUUUGCGGAGACGCGGCGGGCCAAAAUAUGGUCUCCUUCGCCACCGAGGCAGCCUGCACAUGGCUGAUGCAGUCGACCCUUGCGUCGGACUUCCAGAUCCGCGAUUUCUGCGAGGAGGGCCAGAUGUCAUCGGAGAAGAAGGCCUCGUGGGGUCAUGUCACGACGGCGCGAGGCGUCGAGGUCAUCGCCUGGGGCAAGCUGUCGGAUGCUGUCUGUCGAAGCGUUUUCAAAUGCUCCACGGAAACACUUUACCAGGUGAUGCGCGUCGGACAGGAAGGCAAUUUCCGCAACGGACAGCACGGUCACAACAUCGACGUCUCCAACGUCCUCGCCGCUAUUUUCAUCGCGACCGGCCAGGACGCGGCCUGUGUCGCGGAUGCGUCCUGGAGUCAGCUCACGAUGGAAUACGACCAGACAACUCGCGAUCUCCAGUUGAGUCUGUAUUUUCCGUCGCUUCCGGUGGGAGUGAUCGGCGGGGGGACAUCUUAUGACACGCAACAGGAGGGUUUACAGAUCAUCCAGUGUGCCGGACCGGGACUGAAGGAGCAGUUCGCCGGGUUCAUUGCUUGUUUUGCCUUGGCUUUGGAUCUAAGCACCGCUGCAUCAGUGGCGACGAAUACUUUUGCGGGCAGCCAUGCGAAGAUGGCACAUGGGAGGAGCGAUCAUCGACAGCGAGCGAAGAUUUGA